UCGUUAAUUUUUAUCCUCUUUCAAAGAAACACUAUGGCAACGUUUGAUCGAUAUAAAAUCUAAUUUCAGUAUUGUAUUCACAUGCAACUGACAAAAUUUAAUUUGUAAUUGUGUAUUAUGGGUGGCAAAGGCAAAAAGAAGAAGGGUAAAGCGAAAAAUGGCGAAAAAAAGAAAGCUCCUAAGGCGAAAAAAGGAGGUCGGAAAGGUGGAAGAUCGAAGAGUUCAAGGUGUACAGUGGAUAUUUUCACAGAAGCAGCAAUGGAAAAUGCAUACACAGUCUGUCACAAUGUUCAAGAUUUAUUAAAAUCAAGAGGAUUUCCUUGGCCUGAUGCUCAGAAAAAGAAGAAGAAGGGCAAGAAGUAAUAAUUUGUAGUUUUUUCAUCGUAUCAUGUUAUUGUUUUAAAAAUUGUACACAAAAUAGCUACGGGAGUGUUAAAUAUAGCUCCUCAAAUUUUUCAAAGUUCAAGAACACAAGGUUUGUUUUUUAGUAGGUAUAUGUUUGGUUGCAUAUGUAAGAAUAGGUUUGAUAAAUUUAGAAUAGCAGUUCUAAUCAACAACAUUCUAAUUUUUUUUUAGAUAAGUACGUGAUUAACUACUUAAUCAUUAUUCCUUUUAGAAUAAGAAAUGUUUCCUAUUUUUUAUUAA